AUGAACCCCGACGGCGACGAUGAUCGGUCCUCCUCGACCCCAACCGCCACAUCCAAGUCUGCCUCUGGACAAGAAAAGGAGAAACCUCGUCUGACCGACCAAGAGAAGAAGAACAACCACAUUGCCUCCGAACAGAAACGCCGAGCGGCGAUUCGGGAGGGCUUCGAUCGUCUCACGGAAUUGGUGCCUGGACUAGAGGGGCAGGGCCGCAGCGAAAGCAUCGUCCUACAAAAGACCGUUGAUUUCAUCCACCUGAAGCUCCAGGAGCGGCAAAAUCUGAUUGCCGAGAUUGAGAACAAGGGUGGCCGAGUGGAUGAUUCCUUCCGACCAUCAUAA